GUCAUUGGAAGGAGGAGCAUCACACACCUGCAACCCGAAAGACAAACAGACCAACAAACACCGUAAGGAACCUGAUGAACAGCACCAACGGAAAAGGUGGCCAAAGAGACAAAGGCAGAUAACACGACCUAGCUUGUAGUACAUAGUCCUUUGCAAGAAAGUAAAACAAAACCCUGCUUCCCACUCAAAAACUACAACACACAUCACAGGAGCCACAGCUUCGUCCGGAAUUUGAAGUGGGUGGGUAUCCUCACUUGAUUUCCUCUCCACUGUCUCCAAAGUUUAAAUGAAACUCUGGAGCCCAGCGCAUACGUGUGUCCCUCUUCUGCCGGAUGACCUGGCCUGACUUCUGCCUGCCCACAGGGCCUCCCAAACUCUAGGCAUCCUUCUGUGACCUCAUUGUCUGCCCCCCGGUUCCAUGCGCCGCUCUGUGACUUCAUCACGGUCAUGUCUGUUUCAGCUCCCAGCUUCAGAGGCCCCGCGAGCCCCGUUUCUUACAGAUCAAUCUGGGGGAGUGGUUGAGGGCUGAGCUCUCAGCAGAUCAUCCCUGCACCGGAUCCUGGAGCGCCGAAUUCUCCAGAUCCCAGGGGAGGGGCGGGGGGGGGCGGGCACUCGGCUCCUUUUUCCACUGACCCCUUGAGAAGUGUCAAAGAUCGGGUCCCGGGCGCCCCCACCCCGGCUGCUAGAGCGCCUGGGCAGCCGGCACGGCGGGCUCUCGCGCUCGGCAGGCGAUGACUAGCAGAGCCACCUCGGCGCCGCUGCAGCUGCCUGAGCGCCUGGGGCCCGGGCGGAGGCGGCGCGCAAGGAGCCCGGGAGCGCAAGAGCUGCACCUGCUCAGCAGCGUGCCGGCGGCGCAGACCUUGGCCAGAGUCAUCCGGCCUUGCUACGGCCCCCACGGCCGACAGAAACUGCUGGUCACCGCGCGAGGAACCAACGUGUUCACCGGCUACGCCGCGGCCAUCCUCCGGGCCCUGAAGCUGGAGCAUCCCGCCGCGCGGCUCCUGCGCGAAGCAGCGCACACGCAGGCGGAGAGCAGCGGCGACGGCGCGGCCUUCGUGGUGCUGCUGGCGGAAGCCCUGCUCCAGCAGGCCGAGCACCUGCUGCGCGCCGGCCUGCCUCGCUCGCAGCUGCGCCAGGCCUACGCCGCCGCGACCGCCGAGACCCUGGCCCUGCUGCCCUCCCUGUCGAUCCGCUCCCUGGGGCCUUUGGAAGAUCCCUUUUGGGCCCUCUAUUCGGUGAUGAACACCCACACCGCGUCCCAGAUGGACUACUUGACCAAGCUGGUGGCCCACGCGUGCUGGGCCGCCAAGGAGCUGGAAGGCAGACUCCACCGCGAGCGAGUGGGGGUGUGCACCCUGCGAGGGGGCAGGCUGGAGGACUCGUGCCUGCUCCCGGGGCUGGCCUUGUGUGCGAACCCCUGCGGGCAGGUGACCGCGGUGCUGACGGGCGCCAGGGUGGCUCUCUUUGUCUGCGCCUUUGGUCCUGCCAGCCCAAAUGCUCCUGCAACCGCCCGUCUCUCUAGUCCUGAUGACCUAACUAAAUUCAGCAAAAGAAAUGAACAGUUGAUAGAAAAGCAAGUAGCGGAACUGGAAACUGCAUGUAUUAACGUGGCGGUGGUAUGGGGGGACAUCGAUGAGAACACACUGACAAAGGCUGAUAAGUACGGCAUCAUGGUGAUUCAAGCCAGGUCCCAAACGGACAUAGCUUACUUGAGUGAGGUGUUGGGCACACCUUUGAUGCCCUAUCUGCUUCCUCCCCUGAAGCCAGGGAAGUGCCAGAGGGUAUAUCAGCAGGAGCUGGGGGAAGGCUUGGUUGUAGUAUUUGAAUGGGAAUGUGCAGGCACCCCCGCCCUCACCUUGGUCCUCAGGGGGGCCACAGCUGAGGGGCUAAAGAGUGCAGAGCAGGCAGUCUACCACGGCAUUGAUGCGUAUGUCCAGUUGUGUCAGGAUCCCAGACUGCUCCCCGGAGCUGGAGCCACAGAGAUGGCUCUGGCAAAAAUACUCUCGGAAAAAGGAAGCAAACUGGAAGGGCCUAAUGGCGCGGCCUUCCUAGCAUUUGCACAGGCCCUUCAGUCUCUUCCUGAAACCUUGGCGGAGAACGCAGGCUUAGUGGUCUCAGAGGUCAUGGCAGAGAUGAGCUGCGCCCACCAAGCCGGGAACUUCCUGAUAGGCGUGGGGGCUGAGGGGAUAAUAAACGUGGCCGAGGAGGAGGUGUGGGACACCCUAGUAGCCAAAGCCCAAGGACUCCGAGUGGUAACUGACGUGGCUCUACAGCUCCUGAGUGUAGAUGAAAUCGUGGCCAGGAAAAAUCCCACGAAUCGAAAGGACUUGAAUCCUGUUCCUCAGAAGGCACGGGAGCGCCCAUCUCCCGUGAAAAGAUAAUCAACUCCUUGGAACAAUUAAGUAGCAACAUCCUCAAUAAAAUGGGGAUUGCCAAGGAAGGCACAAUCUCCCCCAAAAAGAAUGUUUGCCGUAUUUAUACCCCCAGGUUUGGUACUAUCAGAGUCAGUUUCUUUGGAUAAAAACAACAGAGAGGACCACAAGCUAAAAGUCCUUUUCAUUGAUUUAUUUCCUUUCAGAUUCUUGACUUUUUUUCAUUUCCUGUUUCUCUCCAUCAUAUUCUGUUCCUUUCCUCCAAAAAGAACAGGAUUCAAUCCUAUUAAAGAUUUUUAAAUUGAGUACCUGGGCUUUGGGGAUGCAAAAAAAAAAAAAAAAAAAAAGUACAGGAAUCUCUUUCUGACCACUUGAGUUAUCUCCACAUGAUAUCCUAAUAUAUCCACAUAAUGUGAAUUUCUGUCUAGAUGUCACGUUAGCAACCUGAGAACAUCAGCUGCAGCUCACAGGAAUGGCUGCACAUUCCUGUUGUGAUUAUUUGGGAGAAGAAGGGCAUGUUACUUUAGGGCAGAAAAGGAGGGGAAAAAGAGGAGGCGAAAGGAAAAUGAACCGUCAGGGAGCAAUAAAAUAAAAAUAAAAUAAUAAAAUAAAAAAUUAAAUUAAAUUCUUGGCAUGGAUAACGAAAGAACACACACCUUAGAAGUGCGCUAAGGUUGUUGUAUAGGUGAGAGAACUGGGUAUCCCAGUAUGGCUACGAUUAGGGGUGGAUCCCCCUGGGCACUGAAGAGGGAGUGCGAGCAGAGCUGGGAGCAGAGCAGCACAUUAUUACCCAAAGCCUUUUCCACUUUAACCAUCCAAGUUAUUCUGCCUCUGGGAAAAGAGCAGAACCUGGGACAGAAUCUAGGGGAUGGGAAGCUGCAAUCUCUUACAAUCAUUAAAAAAAAAAAAAAAAUGCUCUAAGCAUCUGGCAAGAGAACCAGACUCAAGAAACAAAUGUCUUAUAGUGGGCAUAUUAGCUUCAACAAAGCAAAACAAAUGUGCAAAGAUUCCUUUAAAACUUGGAAGAAGUGAAAUCCUGAAAAGCUGUUAGUG